GGCUCUGGGGCCUCCGAAAAGGACCUACAGGGGCUCGGCCGCGCCUGGACGCGGAGAUAAGGCGGGCGGUGGUGGGGGUCGCGGGGCGCCGCAGGGAGGCGCGGCGUCGGGAGGCCCCAGCGCGGCCACAGGGGACAGGGGCCGGGGACCCAGGCUGGGGGCCGGGCCGGGCCGGGGCGGGGCGUCCGGCCGUGUCACGCCCGCCUCCCUCCCCGGGCCAGGGCCGCUAAGAUGGCGGCGGCGGCGGUGACAGCGUCCCGCACCGGGUCCGGGGGCCUGGUCGCCGCUCCGGGGGUCCACUAGCGCCUUCCUGGGCGCCCGCGUCCCGGCCGCGUCCUGGACCCUGGGGCGUUCGCGCGCGGCCCCCAGGGCCCUCGGUCCGCCCCCCCGGCGCGCCCAUGAACUCCGUGUCGCCGGCCGCCGCUCAGUACCGGAGCGGGAGCCCGGAGGACGCGCGCCGCCCCGAGGGCCGCAGGCCGCGGCGCCCCCGAACCCCGGACCCCAACGGCCUGGGGCCCUCCGGAGCCAGUGGCCCCGCUCUUGCGUCGCCCGGGACCGGCCCCGGGGAGCCGGACGAAGUGGACAAGUUUAAAGCGAAGUUCCUGACCGCCUGGAACAACGUCAAGUACGGUUGGUCAGUCAAAAGCCGGACCAGCUUUAACAAGAUCUCCAGCGUCCAUCUCUGUGGCCGCCGCUACCGCUUUGAGGGCGAGGGUGACAUCCAGCGUUUCCAUCGGGACUUUGUAUCUCGUCUAUGGCUCACAUACCGCCGGGACUUCCCACCCCUGGCUGGGGGCUGCCUGACCUCAGACUGUGGAUGGGGAUGCAUGUUACGAAGUGGGCAGAUGAUGCUAGCUCAGGGCCUCCUGCUGCAUUUCCUGCCCAGAGACUGGACCUGGUCCUCGGGCGCGGGCCUGGGCCCCCCUGAGCCAUCAGAGUUGGCCUCUCUCAACCCGCACCGGGGGCCUGCCCACUGGCUGCCUCCGCGCUGGGCCCAGGCUGCCCCAGAGCUGGAGCAGGAGCGCCGGCACCGGCAGAUUGUGUCUUGGUUUGCUGACCAUCCCCGGGCCCCCUUUGGCCUACACCGGCUGGUGGAGCUUGGGCAGAGCUCGGGCAAGAAGGCGGGUGACUGGUAUGGGCCAUCCCUGGUGGCGCACAUACUCAGGAAAGCUGUGGAGAGCUGCUCAGAGGUCACCCGCCUGGUGGUGUACGUUUCUCAGGACUGCACAGUGUACAAGGCGGAUGUGGCACGCCUGGUGGCCAGGCCAGACCCCACAGCGGAGUGGAAGUCCGUGGUCAUCUUGGUGCCAGUGCGGCUGGGCGGGGAGACUCUCAACCCCGUGUACGUGCCCUGCGUGAAGGAGCUCCUGCGUUCAGAGCUGUGCCUUGGCAUCAUGGGGGGCAAGCCACGCCACUCGCUGUACUUCAUUGGCUACCAGGGUAGGCCCGCCCCAUCCUGCUUCAUCCCAUGCCUCCUUACCCUUUUCCACCCCUGCUCACACUUCCUCCCUGCAGAUGACUUCCUGCUCUACCUGGACCCUCACUACUGCCAGCCCACUGUGGAUGUCAGCCAGGCUGACUUCCCCCUAGAGUCCUUCCACUGCACCUCACCCCGCAAGAUGGCCUUCGCCAAGAUGGACCCAAGCUGUACUGUGGGGUUCUAUGCUGGAGACAGGAAGGAGUUUGAGAUGCUCUGCUCAGAGUUGACCAGGGUCCUCAGCUCCUCCUCAGCCACAGAGCGAUACCCCAUGUUCACCCUGGUCGAGGGCCAUGCUCAGGACCACAGCCUGGACGACCUCUGCUCCCAGCCCUCCCAGCCAACACUGCGGCUCCCUCGCACAGGCCGGCUUCUCAAGGCCAAACGCCCAAGUUCUGAGGACUUUGUGUUUUUAUAAAAAGGGAGGGGAUCAGGGAGAAGACACGACCCUAUUUAUUUUUUUAUUUAUGUCACGCUGGGUGUGGGAGUUUGAACGCCACCCCCUGACAAGUGCAGCUGAGACCAGUCCAGGAAGCCUCCGGGCUGGGGCCAUUUAGCCAGGAACAGAGCCCGCACACCCGCCUCCCACCAGCUGGGCCCUCCUCACAGGGCAGGGAGGGAGGGAGGGCCCCCGGGCACCCACUCAGGGCCUGACUCAGUACUGUAGUUUGCACUGGACCGUCCAUGCCCCUCACUGGUCCCAGAGCCCCCAUCCUGCCAAGGGCUGGUGGGAGGGAAGAGGGGCUGUGGCCACUGAGGGCUAAUAAAGCUGUUUGACUUGA